AUGGAGAGUGUUGUGAGCCACACACGGAAGGUGGUAGAUAUCAAUCCUUAUACUGGUGCUGAAAUUAUUAUGUAUGAAAAAGUGUGGAACUUCACAAUUGCAGACAUUAGCCUGCUGGCUUUUGGGACCAGCUUUCCUCAAAUAUCAUUGGCUACUAUUGAUGCUAUAAGAAACCUUGGGAAGCUGUAUGCUGGAGGUUUGGGUCCUGGAACACUAGUUGGUUCUGCUGCAUUCGACCUUUUCCCCAUCCAUGCAGUAUGUGUUGUAGUUCCUAGAGCUGGAGAGCUGAAAAAGAUAGCUGAUGUGUGGACACCGAAUGUGAUUACAAUAUGGGAGGCCUUAUUGACAGUACUGCAAUAUGGAUUACUGCUGAUGCAUGCUUAUGCUCAAGACAAGCGUUGGCCCUACUUUUCUCUUCCUUUGCCAAGAAGUGAGAGACCAGAGGAUUGGGUGCCAGCUGAGGUUGUUACGUGCAAGAGUGAUAGUGGUCCCUGCAAUAACUACUCUGAGAUACUUGAGGUUGGUGAAGAUGAAAACAGGAACGUUGUUGACAUUUUCUCCAUUCAUUCAGGAAGUGGUAUAGGUCCAGUGUAUCAAAACGUUCCUGGAACUGAUGAAACUCCUGAAUAUUCCAAUAAAGAUUCGCCAGAGAAGAUGAGUUUAGAAGACUAUCAUGUGUUUGCAAUUUGGAGGCAACAAUUUGUAGACGCAGUCAAGUUAGAAAGCACUGAACCAAGAAAACUGAACAACCUAUAUUUGCGACUAGCAAGAAUUUCCUGGCAGUUACUUCUUGUCCCAUGGAGACUACUAUUUGCAUUUGUGCCCCCUUAUCAUAUUGCUCAUGGCUGGAUUGCCUUCAUAUGUUCCUUAGUUUUCAUCAGUGCGAUAGCUUACAUUGUAACACAACUCACAGAUCUCAUAAGCUGUGUCACAGGAAUAAAUCCUUAUGUCAUAGCAUUUACUGCGUUAGCAAGUGGAACUUCAUGGCCAGAUUUAGUUGCGAGUAAGAUUGCUGCUGAACGUCAGAUAACAGCUGAUUCUGCCAUCGCAAACAUUACUUGCAGCAAUUCUGUGAAUAUAUAUGUUGGCAUUGGCGUUCCGUGGCUGAUUGACACUGCAUACAAUUUCUUUGUAUAUAAAGAACCACUGCGGAUUGAGAAUGCAGCGGGUCUUAGCUUCUCUUUGCUUGUAUUUUUCUCAACUUCAGUAGGUUGUAUUGCGGUUCUGAUAAUUAGGCGUCGAACAUUGGGUGCUGAGCUUGGAGGGCCAAGGCUUUGGGCUUGGAUUACCUUUGUGUUUUUCAUGUUGCUUUGGCUUAUUUUUGUUGUGCUAUCUUCUCUCAAGUGGAGAUGGUUUGUGGUUGAUGGUGGAGGUGGGGGUGGUAGUGGCGGUGGCGGUAAUGGUGAUGAUGCUGACGGUGGUUGUGGUGGCAACGGUGGGGUUGAUGGUGGGGGAAACAUCACCCUUAGUAUAAUUUCUUCUUGGUAUUUUUUUCUCCUUAAAUAG